UCUUUCUCUCUAUAACUCUCCAAAGAGAGUCGCCCAUACAUCCAUUUACGAAUGUCUUUUAUCACAACUUGACAUAAAAACUUAUUUUGCCUUCUCUCAUCUUCAUUCACAAGUCAGGAGAAGAAACAAAUCAGAAAAUUGAGUCAAAAGCUCAAAACUCUAAAAGAAAGAGUGAAGAGAAAAAACACAUCGUGGGUCGUUUGAGCAAACAAGACAAAUUUUGAAGGUGUUACUUUCUGAUCUCCUCUUUUUCUCAAACAUACCUCAAAGAUGGCUCGGGUGUUACUUGAGCCGCAAGCAAACGCACCGGCCGACGCAAACCCUAAAGCCAGAACAGGCUUUAACGACACCUACUUCGACACUAACAUGGUCAUAAUUCUAGCUGCUCUACUCUGUGCUCUGAUAUGUGCUCUAAGCCUCAACUCUGCCUUGCGAUGUGUGUUACGCAUCACAAGCAGAUUCACACCCGAUCAAGACGCAGCCGCUUCAAACGCAAACGCAAAUCCUGGACGUUUAGCGACUACCACGGGGCUCAAGAAACGGGCGCUGAAACAAAUCCCCGUGGGAUUGUACGGAUCAGGGAUCAUUAACAUGAAAGCUACAGAGUGUUUGAUCUGUCUCGGGGAUUUCGUGGAAGGAGAGAAAGUUAGGGUUUUGCCAAAAUGUAACCAUGGCUUUCACGUGAGGUGCAUCGACACUUGGUUGCUUUCACGUGACUCUUGUCCCACUUGCAGACAAUCUCUUAUCCUUGAGCAACCGUCGCCGAUGGGUGGUAGUUCUCGCCGGGAUGAUGACGUGGCAGUUUCUGUCGUAAGGACAUAACUUGAUGGUUAUUUCUGAGCUUUGCUGUGUUCUCAGUUGGGAUUUGGUUGGUUAUGUAAUAUUGUUUCUUAUUUUACUAGGUCUAAGUUGAUGUGAUCGUUUAGACAUGUAUAUUCUUGUGCGUUGGUGAUUUUUAUUUGAUUGGUUUGAAACUUGAAUUUUUUUUUUUUUUUUUUUUGAAAGCUGGUAAAAAUUUGGAACUUGAAUUGUAACAGAGAAUGUCUUUUUGUUUUC